UCCGCGCCUGCAGCAGCUGCCGCUCUCGUCUCACUGAUCUUCCUCCUGGCACAUCUCACAUUUUUCACCAUAGAGCCGAGAAGAGCCGCGUUUCCCUUGAGUUUAUGGCUUCAGCGUGCACAGAUGUCUGCAGAUCUCCUUUCGCCCUGUCACGCUGAGGAGUAGCGCUAACGCUCGUGUGGCUGGACACGUCCAUGCAUGACAACAACUCCUGGAUUGCCUUUUAUGUUUGGCUGCCAUGAUGCUUGGGUUACAGGGUACUUCAACCGCCAGAGUGUAUCGUUGUGUGGCGUGUUCAGCCAUCUUCACCGGAUUGGCUUCCUUGCUCGUACAUCAGGCAACCCAUGCUGGUGCACUCUCCAUGGUCCGUGCCCCGCCACAGCCUAACAUUAGCCCCCCUGAAACACUGUUUGCAAGUAUGGACUCGUCCAGUGAGCACCCCAGUCCACUCUUACCUGAGGGCCCUUCACCUUCUUUUUAUAUUUGUGAUUGUGGAGAGGAGUUUCAGGACUUCAGUCUCAUGCUGGAGCAUAAGCAAUCACAUGUGUCUCAAAUACAGCUACUGUCACCUCCGGGCAGUUAUAGUGCUAUCUGCAGUGGAACAGGUUGUGAUAAAGUUUUUCCCCUCCAGCAUGUACCAUUCAUUCCAACUGUAACUCAGCCAGAUUUGGCCCUUAGUUGCCCCUCUACCUCAAGGUUUCCAGCUGUCGAACUACCCGCAUUAGGAGACCUUAAAGCAGAUGUAAGCCUGGAGAAUGACAUUGCCAUAGUAACCCCUCCUCAAGGCCAGAGUACACCCCCUCAAGAUGAACGUGAGAAACAACUUGAGAACAUAUCAGCGACAGCGGAGCUGAUACCAGAGACUCUGGAGGACAUGCAUUUGCAAGACGAAACAAAUUCUGUUCUCAGCAGUAAAAAGGGGGAGUGUUUGCCUAGAAAUAACUCCCUAAUGAAGAUGCUCGCAUCAGCAUACAUGAAGUGCUUGCCACAGCCUCUGUCUCAAGAUCAAAACGAUAACGCAGUUACCACCAAACAGGAAGUCGCCCCCAUUGAUAUAACACCUGGAGCAAAAACUGAGGAGGCCCCAAUCAACGAUCUCUCGAUUGCACAGUUAAGGCGGCUGCUUACAAAACCCGGUAUAAAGACAAAAGCUCCAUCCAUCAGCAGAAUUCUUGAAUCCAGUAAGAAGAGGGUUGUCUCUCUGACUAAGACUUUAUCACCUGUAGUGGUUCUUGAAACUCGUCAAAAGCUCAUGGAUCCUGGCAGUAAUGGCACAUAUGGAAGAUAUCAAUGUGGCCGCUGUCGAAGGGUCUUUCAAAACUUGGACAAACUUGCAGAGCAUCAUUUCUUGCACAAAAAAGAGAGGAUUAAAUGUUGUCGUCGCUGCAAACAGCUGAUCAUUGGACGGCUGCCUUUACCUGACAAUCACGUAUGCCCUCACUUAGGAAAUAAGACCAUACCGCCCUCAAGCUCUUUAAAAAAUAAGUUACCAUUUCCGAAAAAAAUAGUGCCAUUCCACAGUCUAAACAAUAAGAAAAAAGGGUUCUUUUGUCCAUUGUGCAAGCACAACUACGCACGGAGGUGGAACCUCAAAAUGCAUAAGUGCCAGGGCUCAAGGACAGCCCCCUCAAUGGUGACCAAUCCCUUCAUUCGGAUAAUGCCAACAUUGGAAUCAAACAGUGAUGCCAAAAUGGGUGCAGCGGUUGGAGCUGGAUCUCAACCCUCCAAGAGUAUUGCUGUGGGCACUGAAGUUACUGGACGCAUCAAGGUAGAGGUGACCUCUCCAAAUUCAGAGCAGUCUGAAGUUUCACAGUUGGCCUGGACUCAUCCAGCAAAAAGCUUCUCACCAUUCUUCUCCAAAUCUUCCAUGAUGGAGCAGCACACGGAUGCCUCUCUGUGUGGGAUUUCGCUCAAGCAAGGAGAAGAAAACAGCAGCUGGGAUGCAGCAGCAGUUGAUAAUGAAGACAGUGAUGAAGGGGAGUGGACAAUGCCCUUGGAUGAUGAAAUGGAGGUGCUUAACACUACAGAGAAAACUGAUAGUGACGGAGAGGUGGACAAUGCUAUGUCAGUCGAACAUGCAGGAACGGCGGUUCCUAGCCUGCGCUAUUUUGUCAGAGACGGUAUAAAACGUUACCCUUGUAACAGGUGUCAGAAAACCUAUAGUCGGCAAUCUACUUUGAGGCGCCAUCUACAGCUGUGUGGAAUUAGGCCACGUGGACCUGGGACUGAAGCUCAAAGUGGUAGUCACAGUGCCAUUCCACCUAAUGACAGCAAUAUGAAACCAUUGUUUUCUUGUUUCGCCUGUGGGAGGACCUUUAACCGCAAAGAUAACAUGAUGGUUCACAGUAAGAAAUGUCAGUUGCAACAAACAAUGUCAGAUGGUGGACAGGUGGGUAGAGGGACUGUGCAGCCGAGCAUGUCGGGCAAUGCAACAGAGGAGGAUGAUGGAGGCAACUGGGGCAUCAUGUCACUGCCGUCGGUACUUCCAAGGAGGGUGACGUGCGAGUGUGGGGUCGGAUUUACAUCUCCAAGCCUUCUCUUGGUGCAUCUGCAGAAGCAUGCACAGGAAUCAUACACAUGUCCGACUUGUGGAGAGACUGUCAAUUCCUGGGCAGACUACGAAGUUCACCUGCAGAUCCACAUGCAUCCUCACCACCAGCUGCUGAAGGGAAUCAAACCACAACGAUCACAACCUUUAUUGCUUCGAUUUCAGCAACAGCCACCUCAGCAGCUGCAGCAGCUGCAGCAGCUGCAGCAGCAGCCACCCCAGUCAGUGCGUCAGCCUCCACAGAAGCAGCCACGCACGCAGCAGCUUCCAAAUCCAACAAAGAAGCAGCAGCGGAUUGUAUGCACACGAUGUGGCAACACCUUCUCCACUCGCUGUUCCCUACGAAGGCACAUAUCCUGGAAUCGAUGCAAAGGUGGACGGGCUACAAAUCCCACAAACCCACCCAAAACGUAUCACUGUUCCCACUGCAACUCUGACUUCCCGAACACAAUCAGUCUGAUGUUUCACCAGAGGAGCGGGGCUUGCAAGCCGGCCAUCAAGCCUGUGCGUUGCCCCGUUUGUCUUCGCUGGUUUGGCACUGUGGACGGAUUGCAGAAACACCUGCUUACUCACAAACAAUCUGAAUCAAAACGGUCUGAAUCAAAAGAGUCAUAUCGCUGCGAUGUCUGUCAGGGUACAUACCCAAACCUGAAAUCACUCAAAAACCACCGCAGGAGGAUUCAUCGCAUCAUGGCUGGGGGCACGAAGCCCUAAACACAACUGCCUUCUUAAUGACUGGCUAACAUGGGAGGGGCGCAUUUAAAAAGAGAUUUUUAUUAUAGUUUAGUUUUUUUCAUGUGUGCCAAAUAAAUCGUACUUCUUUCUUUUUCUUAUCAACUGUUUUACCAUGUUGUAGUAGCUUGCCACUGUAAAAAAACAAGAAAGAAAAAAAACAGAUGCUUUGUUAUACUGUAAAAUAGUUUGAUUAAUUUAAUCUCUUUAUUACAUAACCUCAUUAGCCUGUAAAAAAGUAUUAGUAUUCAAACAUUUAUCACAGAGUUUGUGAUGUAGCUUGUUGUUGUUCCUGGUGUUAAUAAACAUGCCAGUAUGUGAAACCUGUACGUAAUAUAAUUUUGUAUGAUAUGGGAUUAAAUAUCUUAAAUGCUUCGAAGCAAGCCAUCCAGUUAAUUGGAUACAUUUGCCUCCAGAUUAUGUAUGGGCAGUAUACAAACUAAUCAAUGAAAUAUCGUGUCUCUGUUGGGUGGAUUACCAGCUCUGCAAAGCAGGCAUCCCAAAACGUGGGGCCCCCAAAAGCUCCAGAUUUACUUUGUUUCAACUGGUGUGUGCUUAUCUGUGAGUAUUUACAAUUAAAGCAUAGCAUCAACUGACA